AUGACUGUGGAUGCUCUAAAGAAGAAGAAUCCCGACUGUAGAACACUCACGCUGAAUGGGCAUGUGGGUUUCGUCAGUCUACCUGACCAGAUUGUCGACAAGUCUAUUAGCGAAGGCUUCGUAUUUAAUAUUCUAUGUGUUGGUAAGUUAGUGCAGAAUUUGCUGAUAGCAAUAGGCGAGACUGGAUUGGGAAAGUCUACUCUCAUCGAAACCCUUUUUAAUCAGAAGUUUGAUUUUACGCCCUCCUCCCAUGAUUCAACAGACGUCAAGUUGAAGUCGAAGACAUACGACCUAAAAGAAGGAAAUGUAAGGCUGAAGCUGACUGUCAGUGAAACCUGUGGUUUUGGUGAUCAAAUCAAUAAGGAGAACAGUGCUGACAGCGUUGUGGAGUUUUUGGAUCAGCAGUACGAGAGUUACUUGCAGGAGGAGCUGAAAAUCAAGCGUUCAAUGCACACUUAUCAUGAUACACGAGUUCACGUUUGUCUGUACUUCAUUGCUCCAACUGGACACAGCCUAAAGUCAGUGGAUCUAGUGGCAAUGAAGAAGUUGCAGGAGAAGGUGAAUAUAAUCCCGAUCAUCGCCAAGUCGGACACCAUCACAAAGGCAGAGCUGUCGAAGUUUAAGGCGAAGGUGAUGUCGGAGGUGAAGGCAAAUGGCAUUCGUCUGUAUCAAUUUCCAACCGAUGAUGAGAUGGUGAGCGAACUGAACGAGAGCACAAAUAAGAUGCUGCCUUUUGCAGUGGUAGGCAGUACCGAGGAGGCCAAGGUGAAUGGACGUACCCUUCGUGUACGUCAGUACCCCUGGGGCUGUGUGCAAGUAGAGAACGAGGCGCAUUGCGAUUUUGUGCGUUUACGUGAGAUGUUAUUGCGGGUAAACAUGGAAGACUUGCGUGAGCGAACGCACACGGUGCACUACGAGACGUAUCGAAAGCGACGUCUCUCGGAGAUGGGAUUUAGGGAUGAUGAGAAGAUAUCUCUGCAGGAGACGUACGAGAAGCGCCGCGAGACGCAGCAGAAGGAGUUGAAGCAGAAGGAGGAGGAGAUGCGUCAAAUGUUUGUCCAGCGUGUGAAAGAGAAGGAACAAGUUCUCAAGGAGACUGAACGCGAGCUGCAAGCGAAGUUUGAGGCGAUAAAGAAGCAACAUGCAGAGGAGAGAAAGAAGUUGGAAGAGAAACGGCGCAUUCUUUCCGAGGAGAUGGCCGCUUUUGAGCGACGCAAACAGCUAGCGGAGCAGGCGAAACAGGACGUCCUCCUUUCUAAUGUUUCAUGUGAACCUCACUAUCCUCAGGGUUUAAUUCUGGAUGAUGUUGACGUACCUUUGGGCAGCAAUGAAUUUGACAAGGAAAGCGAAGAAGGCGAUUUUAGAUUGGGCGAGAGGAAUUUACUUGAAGUGAAGAAAAAAAUCCCACCAAAAUCGACUCAAAAACAACCUGCAAAUGCCGCACCGUCUACUCCCAAACCAAAGUUUCCUACGAAAUCAACACCUAAGCCCAGAAAACCGGAAGUGAGGAAGCCGCAGAAAUUAAAUCCAGUUCAUCUGAAACGGUCUCCAGUGCCUGUGGCGCACAAGCAAGUGAAAGUUAAUCCACUGGUGGACAAAAAUAGUAGCAGGAAAUGGGUGCCUACUUACGAGGAUCACGACUGCGAUGGGAUUCCUGACGACCAAGAUGAUGAUGUUGAUAAUGACGGACUGCUGGAUCGAACGCAAGACUCUGAUUGGGAUGGUCUUCUCAACCAUAUUGACGAUGAUGAUGACAACGAUGGAAUUCCUGACAAGGAAGAUGAAGAUGCCAACGGCGAUGGAAUCCCCGACUGCCGUCUCGACACCACGGAUCACAAGUUGAAGUUGCGCUACGGAAACAAAAAGAAGGUCCUAGACACCGACAUGGAUGGUAUUCCAGACGACGUAGAUCUGGAUGACGACAACAACGGAAUCCCCGAUAUGCUGGAGGACAGAAAUGGCGAUCAGAUUCCCGAUUUCCUCGAACCCGUCAUCGACGAAUAUUUGAAAUGUGAACACGGAAAGACGUGCAUAAGAACUUUAGACGAUGUGGUGCGAUUGAACAAGAUGAUGGCUGCUGUUGGUUGGAGUGAUCGUGACUGCGAUGGGAUUCCCGAUCACCUAGAUCCAGACGAUGACAACGAUGGAUAUUUCGACAAGAAACAGGACAGUGACCGUGAUGGCAUCCUCAAUGAAUACGACGACGAUGAUGACAAUGAUGGAAUUCCCGAUAUUGAAGAUUUGGAUGCAAACGGGGACGGUAUUCCAGACUGCGUUAUUCAGGAUUCUGAUGGGGAUGGAAUUCCUGAUCACAUUGAUACCGACGAUGACAACGAUGGUAUCCCAGAUCUCAAAGAUCCAAAUCACAAAUUCUUCAACUUCUUCCGUGACAGUGACAAUGACGGAAUUCCGGAUAUUCUCGACCGUGACGAUGACAAUGAUGGAAUCCCCGAUCAUCUUGACAGUGAUGGAGUUAGGGGCCUUGGGAUUGACUCCGAUGGCGACGGAUUCCCAGAUGCUAUUGAUGAUGAUAUGAACGACGAUGGCAUUCCUGACCACCUACAGGAUCACGACUGCGAUGGUAUUCCAGAUAUCAUUGAUCCUGACGAUGAUAAUGAUGGGUACUUUGACAAUAAACAGGAUAGUGAUAAUGACGGAAUCCUCAACGAAUGGGAUGAUGACGAUGACAAUGAUGGCAUCCCUGACUCUGAAGACGAGGACUCGAACGGUGAUGGCAUACCCGACUGUCAACCUAGAGAUUCUGACGGUGAUGGAAUUCCAGACCAUUUGGAUGAUGAUGACGACAAUGAUGGCAUCCCUGACCACCUGGAUCCCGACCACAUGGCCUUCCUGAUGUAUAAACCCAAAAAUCUCGAGGCUAUGACGGCUCAACAAGCACAACACGAAGCAAACACGAUGGCAGCUGAUUUGGGUGAUCCAGGUGACAAGGAUUGCGAUGGAAUUCCGGAUGAAGAAGACGAUGAUAUGGACAACGAUGGCAAGAUCGAUCGAACGCAGGACUCUGAUUGGGAUGGUCUCCUUAAUCAUAUCGACGACGAUGAUGACAAUGAUGGUAUUCCAGACUAUUUGGAUCCAGAUGCAAAUGGUGAUGGAAUUCCUGAUUGUAAUCGCAAUAAGUCAGUGCGCUACCAUGUGGUUCGAAGCUUCGGUGGAGCCAUCAAAAAGGUGAUCAAGGUGCGUCAACUGACAGAAGAGGAGGAUGCAUUGACUCGAUUGAAGGAAGCGGUAGAUCAUCGGCUUCACCGCAUUCGUGCACUCAUGGACCCAAGUGAAUUGCAACCCACUCCGACCCAAUUUGUGAAGAGUACGCGUGCACCAAUCAUCACUCAUCCGAUGGGAAAGAAGAUGAUGACUAUGCCAGCAACAGCGAAAGUGAAGAAAGCCGUGCCUCCAAAGAAGAUGAAAACUGAAGCAACUUUUGUACAGAAGAGUCCCAUGGGUAAAGGAAAAAUACCCACAGGACAGGUAGGGAAGAGGAAACUGGCAGGACUUUAUUUGAGGGGAUAUGAUGAUAACGAGAGCCUCUUCCAUGAGGGGGAUAUGGAUGUGGAACCACAAGUUGAGGAGGAUGAAGAAGCUAUCAACGGCGAAUUCGAAGAUGAUUUUGAAGAGGAAGCGGGAGACGACGAAGCGUAUUCCCUGUCAGUUGAUAACGAUGCCCUCGUGUUUGGCAAUGCUGAGGAUUCUGAGCAAUUCCCUUCUAUGCGUGAUUUUGGCGCAUUUGCUGGUGAAGGUGACAUUGGAGAAGAUGGAGAAGACGAUGACGGAGAUGGUAUUCCAAAUUACCUGGACAAGGAUCACAAACUUUACAAGGCAGAAGCUGCAAAGAGACCAGCUGCGUGCACUAAGAAGGAUGGAUCAUGUAAACAGGCUAAUAUACCUAAAUUUAAGCCUUCUUUGAAGGACUCAGACAAAGAUGGCAUUCCUGACUAUCUGGAAGACGAGGAUGGAGAUGGAAUUCCGAACUAUCUUGACGAGGAUACUCCCUCAUUUUCUCAGCGCUACAAAUUCUACAUGAAGUUAAUUAAAAUGUUGGACGCUGAUGGGGACAAGAUUCCCGAUGUGUUGGAAGUUGAUUCAGACUCUGACGGUGCACCCGAUUUCCUAACUGACGACGACAAUGAUGGAAUGCUGGACUACUAUGAAGAUGACGAUGGUGAUGGGGUGCCGAAUAUGCUAGAUCGUGAUAGUAGGUUCUUUAUCUUGAAGGCAAAAAAGCUUCCAAAGCAUGUUGAUCAUGAUGGAGACGGAGUUCCGGAUCACCUUCAAGGUGAUAAAGAUGGUGAUGGAAUUCCUGACUACCUGGAAGAUGAUGAUGGAGAUGGAAUUCCAGAUUUUCUCGAAGACGAUGAUAAUGAUGGAAUUCCUAACUUCCUGGAAGAUUCAGACGGUGAUGGAAUUCCAAACUACCUCGAUGAUGAGCCUCCUGUUUCGAAAAAGGUGAAGGCGAAACCACAGCCUCCAAAAACGACAAAAAAGGGUAAGAGUGGAAAAUCACGUCAUGGGAAACACCUCGCCGUUGCUGAUUCCGAUAAUGAUGGGAUUUCCGAUCUAAUGGAAGAUGAUGACGAUGACGGUAUUCCAAACUUCCUCGACGAUUCGGAUGGAGAUGGCAUUCCAAACUACAUGGAUAAAGACAGUCGGUACUACAUGAAAACAAAGGUCAAGGCGCUUGCACUAAUAGAUAAGGAUAAGGAUGGUAUUCCUGAUUCUUGUGAUGGUGACAGUGAUAAUGAUGGGAUCCCUGACUACCUAGAAGAUGCUGAUGGGGACGGUAUUCCAGACUGCAUUGAUUUGGAAGUCGCUCAUCAUCAGUUGCCCAAACAAACGCAAAAGUUGUCUCGUUUUGUCGAUAGUGAUGGUGACGGCAUUAUGGAUCAUCUGGAAGACGAGAACAACGAUGGAAUUCCUGAUGCUCUUGAAGGCGAUGCCAACGGUGAUGGGGUCGCGGAUUACUUGGAAGAUGCAGAUGGAGAUGGAAUCCCUGAUUAUCUUGAAGAUGCUGAUGGAGACGGGAUCCCCGACUAUCUGGAUGAAGAUCCAAGUAUCUUCACAUUGACUCACUUCAAACAGGCAAGACUUUCAUCAAAAAUAGAUAAGGAUGGAGAUGGAAUUCCUGACGCUUUAAAAGAUGACUCAGAUGGCGAUGGUAUUCCAGACUACUUGGAGGAUUCUGACGGUGAUGGGAUUCCCGACUAUCUAGAAGACCAAGACGGCGAUGGCAUUCCGAAUUAUCUCGAUGUUGAUGCCAGCAUUGAUACCGAUCUUCCAGUCGUCACUCCUUCCGAUGAUAAUGACGAUGACAUCGACUUCAAUGAUGAUGUAUUUCAGCAGGAUACUAAUAACAACGGAAUCCCGGAUUAUCUGGAAGACUGGGAUGGUGAUGGUAUCCCAAACUACCUCGAAGAUGCAGACAACGAUGGUAUUCCCGACUACAUGGAUAAAAAAGACAAUCGAAAGAAAAAUAAACCAUCAUGGAAGCUUGUGAAAGCAAGGCGAAUGAAGGAUGAAGAUGGUGAUGGGAUUCCGGACGAUCUGGAAGGUGACACUGAUGAAGAUGGAGUUCCUGAUUAUAUGGAAGACCAAGAUGGAGAUGGGAUUCCUGACUACCUAGACGAUGAUGUAGAUGGUGACGGAGUUAAUGAUGAUGAAGAUGAUGAUGAUGGAAAUGGAAUCCCCGAUUAUUUGGAAGGCGAUAGUGACGGGGACGGUAUUCCAGAUUAUAUGGAAGAUGAGGAUGGUGAUGGGAUUCCUGAUUACUUGGAUGAAGACUCUGAUGGUGACGGGAUUCCAGAUCAUUUGGAAGGUGACAACGAUGGUGAUGGCGUUCCUGACUAUCUCGAAGACUCAGAUGGCGAUGGUAUUCCAGACUAUCUGGAUGAAGAUGACGAUAACGAUGGAAUACCGGAUCAGCUUGACGCUGAUGUGGAUGGGAAUGGGAUCCCUGACUAUCUAGAAAAGGAUUCUGAUGGGGACGGAAUUCCUGACUACAAAGAAGACGAAGAUGGUGAUGGUAUUCCUGAUUACCUUGAUGAUGAUGCUGAUGGAAACGGAGUCCCAGAUCAUCUAGAGGGUGACUCUGACGGUGAUGGGAUUCCCGAUUAUAUGGAAGAUUCCGAUGGUGACGGGAUCCCCAAUUAUCUGGAUAACGACGACGAUUAUGACAGCAUCCCAGACACUAAUGACGAUGAUGAUGACGGAGAUGGAGUUCCAGAUGAUCAGGAGGACAGUGAUGGCGAUGGGAUCCCUGAUUAUCUCGAUGAUGAUGACGACAAUGAUGGGGUCCCAGAUGCCGUUGACAUCGAUGACAAUGGCAAUGGUAUUCCAGAUUACCUAGAAGGCGAUUCGGAUGGAGAUGGAAUUCCCGACUAUAAAGAAGAUACUGAUGGUGACGGAAUUCCUGAUUAUCUAGACGAUGAUGACGAUAACGAUGGGAUCCCCGAUUAUCUCGACGAUGACGAUGAUGGCGAUGGUAUUCCCGAUGAUCUCGAAGGUGAUUCUGACGGUGACGGCAUUCCAGACUAUCAAGAAGAUGAAGAUAGUGAUGGAAUCCCCGACUACCUCGACGAAGACUCUCCAGCUUUUCGUGGCAAGAAGGGAUCUCCACCAGUAGCCUCUGCAAAAAUACCCAAGGGGCCGACAGUUGGACAUGGAAAGGACGAUGAUGAUGACAACGAUGGCACACCGGAUAUACACGAAGACAAAGAUGGGAAUCAAAUGUUAGAUUAUUUGGAAGCAAAGGACACUGAUGGGGAUGGGAUUCCUGACUACCUUGGCGACAAUGAUGAUGACAAUGAUGGAAUUCCUGAUAGUGAAGAUGAUGACGAUGAUAACGAUGGAAUUCCAGAUGAUGAGGAAGAUGAGAACAUGAAUUCUGUGCCUGACACAAUGGAAAUGAAGGAUUCCGACGGCGAUGGCAUCAUCGACUUACUAGACACCGAUGAUGACAACGACGGAGUUCCUGACUAUCUCGACAGUGACGAUGAUGAGGAUGGCAUUCCAGAUGACAAGGAGGAUUCUGACGGUGAUGGAAUUCCUGACAAACAGGAGAAGACUCGACCUCCCAGAAGAAUUCCACCGCCACCAACCAAGAUUAUUGGGAAACCAAUGACUGCAAAACCGCCUACAAUUGCAAAGCCGUCCAAAACAAUCGUCGAUCCGAAAAAAGCACCGACGAAGAAGCGACCGGUAUUCGACAGUGACAUUGAUGACGACGAAGUGAAAUCUGUUUUUGGGAAAGCACCGAAACCGAAGAAAAAGACGCCUGCGUACUCCGACGAAAAUGAGGAGUCUUCGAAACCCUCGGUUCUACGUCAGGUUGUGCAAAGUGUGCUUCGGCGCAUGGAAGCCAUAUUCGGUGUGGACGAGUAG